GAUUUACCACUGGUCUGAUAUCAGGUCAAAGACCUGUCAACUGAUUUUCUGCUAAAAACUGCAAGUUUGUGGGAGAGUCAGUGUUAGCCAUAACUGUCUUCUCAUUAUGUUCAGGGGUGGAUUCAGGAAUUUUUUAUGGGGAAGAGUUGAAACUUUGAUUCAGAAACUAGAGCCUGGAUGAACUGAGAAAUAUUUCAAGAUAAGUGAAUUUUGGAUACUGUAUGUUUUAGUAGUAACAUGUGAUCCUGUUAGUGCACAAAUUUUAUUGACAAGAAGUAUAAAAACAAAUCAAAGAACAUGGGCCUGAAGGAAGAGAAGGUCUGGACCCAGAUCCUCCACCUAGAUUUCCUGCUGGUGCUUAUUUAGAGCAAGUGAAGAUUCCAUUAGGAGAUAAAACAGAGGAUGGAACAUGAUGAAUUUGUUUGAAUUAUAUGCUAGAAAAUCAAGGGUUAGGGUUAGAUGGUUAAAUUGUUUGAAUAGGAAGAGAGACUCUAUUGUGCCUUUUGUUGAGGUAAUAAGGUAAAUAUUUAGUCCGUGUAGUUACUUAAUUAAGCAAGCAUGGUUACCCUACAAUCUAGAAGUGAACUUGUUUUACAUUUUUCUUUUAAUUUUUUGACAUUAACCUUAAGCUACCUCAGAGUUUCUCUCCUUCUUCUUCAACUUGAUGUAGUUUUAGAUGCAAUUAUCAAUAUUAGCAACCAGAAGUGCUUGGUUUUACAAUGUAAACUAUCAUUAAUGAAGGGCAAAUGUUCCCCUGCACAUGCACUUGAACAUUGAUCUCUGUGUUUCCAAGCAACAUGCACAAUUUUAGUUAAAUUAUCAUGCAACAUGUAAUAUAUCGUUUCAAACACAUCAUAAUUGAAUAAACAAUCAACAGUAAAAAUAUUAUAAUUUGCCCUAUGUAGAUCACUUAUUGUAUUCGUUUCUCUUAGCAACAAAUGUUGUGACGUGAUUUCCGGUGCAAUACUGCGGAUGUAUAUCAUGAACAGUAAGACUGCGGUUGGAGUAAUUUGGAUUAAGCAAUCUUCUCAAUUAACCUCGUGUCAUUUCAGGAGUCUUUUGUGCGACGAUAGCGAGUUAUGGUAAAAUUUCCAAGGCGAUUCUUGAUUAUGUAAAAUUCUUCCAAGCCUGUUCGAGACACAGAAACGACCCCACUCAUCCAACGUGUAUCAACGCCGAAAACUGCUAACACAAGAGCAUUUUCAUGUUUUGUUUAUCAGCCGGGAGUUUCUUGUAAAGAAGCACUUAGUCUUGUCAUCAAGACGCGCUCUAUUUUUCAGGCACCAAAGAAGACUUAGCAAGAAAAAGAUCGAACUUAACAUGAAGCUUUGAAUAUAUUUAUGCUUUGCGUUCCUAGUCGCUGAGGAGAGUAUUCUCAUUGCGUGGAAUGGUAAUUUUGCUUUAAACAUAUCACUCGUCACUUAUCUGUGCCAACUUCUCUGACAGCUUACGUUGCUCUGGACAUUAUUAAUUUGAUGCUUGAAAUAGCUAUUAUUUGAAGAACAUGGACUUGAGGUCGCCAUAUCUUAUACGACAAACAGCGGGUGCAACAUUGCUUACAUAAUUUGGCGAAUAUCCCUUGAGUUCGUAGAGGAUUGAUAAGAAGGCUGCAGUGCGCUAAAACUUCAAAAGCCGGGGAAAAUAUUUUGCAAAAGUGCUCAAUGUGUGGAGCGCUUGGAGGACGUAAUCAAAAUAGAGUUGUUCCUGUUUCUGAUCUACCUUCGGAAAGAGUCGAAAUACGAAAAGGCAGGUGGUUGAGAGUAGUGCAUUACAAACCUCGAAUAUCGAGAUCCGAUAGCGGUUACAGCCGUGAUGAUCUUCAGUCUAAUCGCUCGGCUCAUUCGGCGGGUUCAGCCACUUCUGGAGUUGGUGAUCCUGAUUACAAGAAGAUAGUUGUAAUAUUUUUCAUACAUGGAGUUGGUGGUAGCGCUGAUCUUUGGUACGAACAAGUACAAUACUUUUGCAAGGCAGGUUACGAAGUUAUAGCGCCUGACCUGCUAGGACACGGGCAAAGCUCCGCACCGAACAAUACCUCAGAUUACGAAUUUUCUGAACUUUCGUAUGAUUUACUUCGUUUAUUUGAUCGAUACCAUAAGAAGAGGAACGUUUUAGUAGGACAUUCGUAUGGGGCAUCAUUUUGUGCAGUGAUUGCAUGUGAGCGUGCUCGACUGGUGUCCAAGAUGGUCCUCAUAUCUGGUGGAGGUCCUACACCACUUGUGGGUGUGGGUACCUGUGAUGUGUUCUGCUUACCAACACUUCUACUGUCUUGUAUCAAACCUGUGUUUUUGUCUGUCUAUGAGAGGAGGGCAUACAACAGCAUGAGAGCAAGAUCACUCAGGAAGAAAGUGAAAGCCUUUAGUGCUCCACCUUUUGUAAUGAAAGCUGUUAUGGCAGGACAGGUGUGGGAAGAUGGUGAUGAGACAUAUCACCAGGAACUGAUGGUGCCGGCAUUGUUGAUUUAUGGUGCACAGGACAAAUUUGUAACUCUUGAGGAGGAGCAAUGGAUGCAAGAGGUAAUAUACAGUUCAUCUUUAGAGGUUAUUCAAGAUGCAGGCCACAUGGUUAUGGUAGAGUCUCCUGUGAGAGUGAACUGGUUGAUAUAUAACUUUCUUCAGCGUGAUGCCACCACUAGAUCACUACAUGCUGGAAGUCAGUCUUGUAAUCUUUCCUCAAAGGGAUCUCUUCAUGUUGCAUCAAAGGAUGAACCAGCUCCUUCUCGCACUCUCGAGGCUGGACUUCAGACAGUCUCUGAAAGUGUCAAUGAAGAAACCAGACGACACUCAAGUGGAAUGGCACUUGGACCUUCGGGUAAAAAUUCUUUUAACAUCCAAAGCUCACAGGCUUCUCUCAAUGUUCCAGGAAAUGUAGCAUCUGCAAGAAUUUCUACAGCAGAUGAUGUAGAGGAAAUCAUACCAUUGCAGACAGGAGACUCUGAAAUUUGUCUAGAAAUUCCACAGAUGGUUGUCACUGCCAAUAAUGCUUCUCAUGAAGAAACUCAAGAUGACACAAUGCAAGCCCUAACAAAUGAUUUUCAAUAUUCAGAUGGCUCCCUUAGGAAAGAUAAGAAAUCAGAUGAAACUAACGUUAAUGUGUUAGUGAACAGUUCACUGUCCCCAAGUUUAGGAGCAGUUCAAAUAAUGAGACCUUUGGCUGGUGUAGCCUGGACAAAAAACAGCACUGGUUCCAUUGCAACAAGGAGAUCUUCGCUUAAUUCAUUUCUCAGGCUUUCCAAUAAGAUGGAGCCAAGUGGCUCUAAAAGUGCACCAUCAUCUCCAGUGAGUGAAAGAUCCACAGAAUUUAAAAAUAAGUCUGUCCAAUAAUUUGUGAAUGACUCAACUCCUCUCAUCUAUUUAAUGUUAAGGGUAAAGGGAUUUACAUAUCAAUUUUGGUCAUCAUGUAUACUUAAGAUUCUUGUAAAAAAUAAUUCAUAUGGAAAAAUAUUUGCACAGUAUUUAUCUUUAAUUUAAUUGCAAAUCUGGUUAUCAUUAUCUAUGGUAUCUUCAGACUGAUGUUCUACAAUUCAAAAAAUGCUAUAUUUAAAUAUAUGCUGUGCGAAAGGCUCUAGGUAUUUCACUUCACCACACAGUAGUGCAGAUUUAGAUGCAAAACAUUCUGCCUUUGUUACAUUUUUAGGUACCCAAUAGAUAGGCAAAAAUGUAUUUUCACAGAAGUAAACUUGUUAAAAAAUGGAAAACUAUCCUAGAUUCCAUCAAAAAUAUGGUGUGAGGUGAAAAAGAAUGUCACUGAGGACCCUCAAACAGGCCAUGAUACAAUGUACACAAUUAGGGUUAGAUACAAUAAUGAUAAUAUUUUAAAAUAACCUUGUAAUGUUUGCCAUUUUUCAUUAUCUUGAAAGGGGCAUUCAUUUGUCUUAUUUUAUGUAUUUGGAUAGAAGGGUUCCCAUUUAAGGAAACAUGGAAAAAAAAAUCCAAAUUUAAACUGCUCAUUUUCUAAGAACAUAACAGGCAGUUUGUGGUAUUUAGAAUCGCAUUACCUCAGUUACAAAGGAAACACAAUAAAAUGAAUCCCUAGCUGGCACCAGAUUGGUGUUUCUUUAUGAACAAAGAAUUUUGUAUGUGUCAUUUGUUCAGUCUGUUAUGAUUUUGGGAUGUGUGUAGCUUGGAGAUUUUUGACUGAGAAUUAUCAAUAACAAUUCUUGACAACAGAGAUUGCUGGAAAACCAUGCAAUUCUGCAAUCUCUGUUGUUAAUGAACAUCAGAUGGACCAGUAUGAAUAAAUCUGUGAGCAUUUGA